UUAUAUUAGGCUCCUGUUGAGAGUCGAAUGUGGCAGUGAAAAGCUUAACGGCUGCUUCGCCUUGAACCAGCGUCAGUACCUCAUCGUUGUCUGAUCAAUCGGAGCCAUUGCUGUUUCGACUUUAUCUCUCCCUACCUCCUCUCUCUACCUAAUUAUCUUUCAGCAUUAUCAGAAUGUCGGUUGUUGGGCGGAGAGGAAUUCAUAUCUUGCAGAAACUAAACGCUGCGAACAUCCCUGCUGAGUUGAUAGAGAAGGGCCAAAAUCGCGUUAUUGAUGCUUCUCUUACUCUUAUUCGCGAGAGAGCAAAGCUCAAGGGAGAGCUUGUGCGUGCUCUAGGAGGUGCCGUAGCAUCAUCGUCUCUUCUUGGAGUUCCUCUGGGGCAUAACUCUUCAUUUCUCCAGGGCCCAGCAUUUGCCCCUCCUCGAAUUAGGGAAGCGAUCUGGUGUGGUAGCACUAACUCAACGACUGAAGAAGGGAAAGAACUGAAUGAUCCCCGCGUUCUAACUGAUGUUGGUGAUGUCCCUGUCCAAGAAAUUCGAGAUUGUGGUGUAGACGAUGACAGGUUGAUGAAUGUUAUAAGUGAGUCUGUCAAGCUAGUGAUGGAAGAGGAUCCAUUACGUCCAUUAGUUUUAGGGGGUGAUCAUUCAAUAUCUUUCCCUGUGGUACGAGCUGUCUCUGAGAAGCUUGGCGGACCUGUGGAUAUUCUCCAUCUGGAUGCUCAUCCAGAUAUCUAUCAUGCCUUUGAAGGGAAUGCAUAUUCUCAUGCAUCGUCAUUUGCCCGAAUAAUGGAAGGUGGUUAUGCAAGGCGCCUCUUGCAAGUAGGUAUCAGGUCAAUAACAAAAGAAGGCCAGGCGCAGGGCAAAAGGUUUGGAGUGGAGCAAUUUGAAAUGCGAACCUUCUCAAGGGACCGCCAACUCUUGGAAAAUCUGAAAUUAGGGGAAGGUGUAAAGGGUGUUUAUAUCUCAAUAGAUGUGGACUGCCUUGAUCCUGCUUUUGCUCCUGGAGUAUCUCAUAUUGAGCCUGGUGGUCUCUCUUUCCGUGAUGUUCUCAACAUUCUCCACAACCUUCAAGCUGAUGUUGUAGCAGCUGAUGUGGUUGAAUUCAAUCCGCAGCGUGACACUGUUGAUGGGAUGACUGCAAUGGUUGCUGCCAAGCUGGUACGAGAACUAACCGCAAAGAUAUCGAAAUGAACUUUUUCAAAUUGGGAUUCCUUGGUACUCCUGGAACUGUUGGUGGUGUUUUCUGGUUUCCAACAUUGGCAUAUUCUUUCACCAGUAGCUAUGGAAGGGAGGACUUCUCUUAAGGCUUCUCUUAAGGAAUCAUGAAAUCCUUUGUUCAAAACUCCUCCAAUUUCUUUUCUUUAUUUUUUUUUUUAAAGAAAAAAAGGGGAAAAUGGAGAGCAUUAAUAGUGGGUGAGGCGUUGUUUUUAGCUUAUCUAAUUCUCAAGAAUUAGAAAGACAAAUUUUACCAAGUUUAGCAUUGUUGUAUGAUUUUAUCGCUGCAUCUUCAUUAAAUAAUGGUUUACACUUC